CCGUUAAAGGAGAGAAAGAGAAGGUUCUAGGGUUUAUUUGUGUAGCAAGGAAUGGCGUCCAGAAAUGCGCUACUUCGAUACCUUAGAGUCAAUGUCACGCCUGCUCUCCGAAGCUCCAGCAUCACUUCUCAUCGAGGCGUAGUUCCCUUGUACGUUAUUCUUCGUCGUUGUUUCUCAGAGGAAGUCAGAGGAUCAUUCCUCGACAAAUCCGAAGUCACAGAUCGUGUUGUCUCUGUCGUCAAAACUUUCCAGAAAGUAGAGCCUUCGAAGGUGACAGCAAAGGCACACUUUCAGAAUGAUCUAGGGUUGGAUAGUUUGGACACAGUGGAGGUGGUUAUGGCACUCGAAGAAGAGUUUGGAUUCGAGAUACCUGAUAACGAAGCAGAUAAGAUACAGUCCGUCGAUCUUGCUGUUGAGUUUAUUGCUUCCCACCCACAGGCUAAAUGAGUCAUGAAAAUCAAACAUGUUUCUUUUGCUAGAGUGAGACAUUUUCAGUUUUUUUCUCUCAUGGUUGUUAAUGCAUCUAGAAAUCUUCUUUAAGCAUCUGUGAAGAUUGUAAUUAAUUUGGAGUCAUAUGGUAGUGGAUCAUAAUAUAGCAUAUGGAGACGGUCUUAUUUCAUCAACCGAGACUUGUAUUAAGGUGUUUCAGAAUUUUCUUCCUUCA